AUGGCAUUCCGUUUAUUCUCCUCAAAGAGUCAUAACACGAUUUCAUCUAAAUUUUUAUCAAUUACUACGGUGCGUAGGUUAGCUUCGGUUGGUAAUGCACCAACUUAUACGAGACCUCUUUCGGCGGUUGGUUUAUAUGCUUCAAGACAAAUAAGAAAUGAUUGGACUGAAGAAGAAAUAAAAUCUAUUUACGAUUCACCUCUAAUGGAUCUUUUGUUCUACGGUGCAAAAGUGCAUCGUGAGAAUUUUGAUCCACUCGCCGUACAACAAUGUACUUUAUUAAGCAUAAAAACAGGCGGAUGUUCAGAAGAUUGCUCUUAUUGUCCUCAAUCUUCAAAAUAUAAAACUAUGGUAAAGGCAACCAAAUUAUUAGACACGGAUGAAGUACUCGUGGCUGCUAGAAAAGCAAAGGAAGCUGGUAGCACUAGAUUUUGUAUGGGAGCUGCAUGGAGAGAUCUAAAGGGUAGAAAAAGUAAUUUCAACAAAAUCGUGGGUUAUGUAAAAGAAAUUAGAUCCAUGGGCAUGGAAGUUUGUUGUACUCUAGGAAUGUUAAAUGAAUCGCAAGCAAAAGCACUUAAAGAAGCAGGUUUAACAGCAUAUAAUCAUAAUUUGGAUACUUCACGAGCAUAUUAUCCAAAAAUUAUUACCACAAGAUCAUACGAUGAACGUCUUGAUACCAUUUCAAACGUUCGCGAAGCUGGUAUAUCUGUAUGUUCAGGCGGUAUUAUUGGAUUGGGUGAAACUUCUGAGGAUCGCGUUGGAAUGUUACAUACUUUAGCAACAUUGCCACAACAUCCUGAAAGUGUUCCUAUUAAUGCUCUUGUACAGGUUGAAGGUACUCCUAUGGAGAAACAAGAGCCCGUUUCAAUUUGGGAAAUGGUUCGUAUGAUCUCAACAGCGCGGAUAGUCAUGCCAAAAUCAAUGGUUAGAUUAUCAGCUGGUAGAGUACGAUUUUCCCAACCCGAACAGGCUUUAUGUUUCUUUGCUGGUGCAAAUUCUAUUUUUACUGGUGAUAAGUUAUUAACAACUGAAAAUAAUGAUUUUGAUUCUGAUCAAGUGAUGUUCAAAACAUUAGGCCUUAUCCCUAAACCUCCAAAUUUUGAUCAAGGUAUUUCGCCAUCUAAAAUUGUUGAUAUUAAUGAACAAUCGGAAUUUUCUAAUAAUGUUCAAGGACAAAAUGGCCUAUCAAAUAUUCAUAAAAAGAGUAUUAUCCACCGUGAUUUUCAUAGUGGAAAUAUUUUGAUAUAUGGCGAUAAAUAUGCUAUAAUAGGUGAUUUAGGAUUAAGUAAAUCUGCUACUGUAGCUGACGUUAAUGACACUUAUGGAAUUAUUCCUUAUGUGGCCCCAGAGGUACUUAAAGGGCAAAAAUAUACUAAAGCAUCAGAUAUUUAUAGUUUUGGUAUGAUUAUGUGGGAAUAUAUGACAGGAAGAAGACCUUUUUGGGAUCGUGCUCAUGAUAUUGAGCUGAUUAUUGAUAUUUGUGAUGGCUUACGUCCUCCAACAGGUGAUAUAGCAGCACCUGAAGGUUAUAUUGAAUUGAUGAAAGAAUGCUGGGACCCUGAUCAAAGUAAAAGGCCAGCAGCUAGUGGCAUUUCUAAAAGAAUCGGAUUCUCUUAUCUUGAAAAAACUUGCGUCGGUGUACCCAAGGUUUCGGAAGUGAGGGAAAGAGAGAGUCUUUUCAAGAUGUCUCAACAGGAAGGGGAUACUAGUACAUUUGAAAGAGCAAGAAAGAUUUAUGGUUUUCGGCAUCACAUAUUUUAA